UAUCACGACGCAUACGCUAAGACAUACCGACUGUACAUUAUAUGACUCGGUAACGGCUUGUGGCCAGGUGACUGUCACAUAAAUUGCGCGUAGACCCGGUUAGAGGUCGCCAGCUGCUCUGCAAGUCUCGUCGACUGCUUUUAUCUCAUCGCUAGCUUUGCGGCGGGGGCCCCAGGGCCCUGCGCUUGCGUCGCCGCCCACAUUUGGUGUAGUCUUCGGGAGCGGACCGAGCAGCAGCAAUGGCGGAAACACUGCUGGAGCAGACCCGUGGUCUCCACGAGGACAUGGAGCACUUUGAGCGGGUCAUAUGCAAGGACCUUAAGCAGGAGACGAAAUCUCAUAAAGAUAAGCUCUUCCAGUCGCAUCGUGUGCGGAAGCGGCUUGACCAGAUCCAGGAGUCAGCUCGCAAGCUGAUUAAGAUCUACGAGGAUGAGGACAAGGCUCGGAAGGAGGAGAUUGAGGCGCUGGGCGGUGAGGACAAGGUGUUCAGCAAGUUCUAUGACCGCCUGAAGGAAAUCCGCGAGUACCACCGCAAGUUCCCCAACCACGAGCUCACUGAGGCCGAGGACGACACACCACUGCUGAAGGAGGAGCCGCACGUGGAGUUCACGGGCGAGGAGGGCCUGGGCCGAUACCUGGACCUGCACGACCUCUACCAGCGCUUCUGCAACCUGCGCCAGCAGCAGCAAGCCGGAAAGGGCGGGAAGAAGGGCAAGGGUGGGGCGGGGGCGGACGACGACGGCGCCAUCACGCGGGUGGACGGCGACGGGGCGGAGGUGGCGGAGGGGGGCGCGGGCGGGGCUCCGGAGAAGUCGCUCGAGUACUACGAGUACCUCACCAGCUUCUCGGACUUCAGCAGCCUGCCGCGGGCGCAGCGGAUGAGCAAGGGCUUCAGCGAGUACCUGGAGGCGCUGCUGGCCUACCUCACCGGCUUCUACGAGCGGACGCAGCCGCUGGCGCAGCUGGGGCGCACCCUGACAAAGGUGGAGGAGGAGUUCGCGCCGCGCUGGGAGGCGGGCCAGGUGGCGGGCUGGGAGGACCGCGGCGUGCCGGCGGCGCCGUCCGCCAGCGGCCUGGAGCUGGAGGCGUUCAGCAGCGCUGAGGAGCUGGAGAUCCUGGGGGCGGACCGGCUGAAGGAGGCGCUGACGCAGCUGGGGCUCAAGUGCGGAGGCACCACCAAGGACCGCGCGGCGCGGCUGUGGCUGACGCGCGACACGCCGCUGGAGAAGCUGGACCGCAAGCACUUCGCCAAGGGCGUGGUGCCGCCCUGCGUGGCGGCCGACCCCGCCGCCGCCGCCAAAGCCACGGCGCAGGCGCGCGCGGUUGCGCUGCUGGAGGUGAAGGUCCGCAAGAUGGCGGAGCUGUUGGUGAACGUGAUUGCUGACACCAAGGGCAAGGUGGAGAAGAAGCAGGCGCAGACGUACGAGGAGAUGCAGGCCGAGCUUGCGGAGGCGGAGGCGGAGGUGGCGGCGCCGGACGACGAGGAGGAGGACGACUUCGUCUACAACCCGCUCAAGCUGCCGCUGGGCUGGGACGGCAAACCCAUCCCCUACUGGCUGUACAAGCUGCAUGGCCUCAACCAGGAGUUCAAGUGCGAGAUUUGCGGCAACCAGUCCUACUGGGGCCGCAGGGCGUACGAGAAGCACUUCAAGGAGUACAAGCACCAGCAGGGCAUGCGCUCGCUGGGCAUCCCCAACAACAAGAUGUUCUACGAGGUGACCAAGAUUGAGGACGCGCUGCAGCUGUGGAAGAGCAUCCAGGACAAGGCCAAGGGCGACUUCAAGCCGGACGACGAGGAGUUUGAGGACGCCUCCGGCAAUGUGUACAGCAAGAAGACGUACGAGGACCUGCGCCGCCAGGGACUCAUCUGAGCAGCAGGCGCAGCGAGGGCAGGCAGGUGGAGUGCACGGGACGGGAUGGCGUGAGCGUUGGUGCAGGAAGAGGGGUCGAGGAGGAGCAGGCAGAGCAGGAGAAGAGAGCGAAUGUGGCAUGCGGUACAUGUUCAUGGCCGUGUUCUUGGUCUCGAGUUCUGUCAGGUGGCGGGUACUGAGAGCGCUUUGGUCGCUUGGCGCUGUCCGGUGGUGUGCGUUGGGACUGUGUUGACAGGCUUGGUGUGGGCCGCUUUGUAUACUGUCGUGCA